AUAGAAGUUUAUGCAAGGUAUGCUGUGUGCUGCCACCUCCAUGCUUGUCAAGUCUGUCUAGCUUUCAAAAUCGUGUACUGAUCGUACUGAUCGUGUACCGUGCAGGUCGAUGGGUGUAAGAUAUUGUUUAUUUACCAAUUAAAAUGUUUUAAUUGAAACGUAUAAUCGAGCUACUCGGUCGACGAAACUACCGCGUUGAUGCGCUUGAAUUUUAUAUAAAAGACAGACGAAGAAUCUCUCGUUUCGUUUAUUCAUCGAGAUGACUUCGAAGACGGAGGUUACGCUAGAGCACUUUUAUAUAUUUAAUGGGACUUACGCUAAAAAAGAAGGAGAGGAAGAAAAAAAGAUACUUUAUUAUUACCCGGAAAGAGAUUUAGAUGUACAAAUUAAAAAUAUAGGACUCAGCGAGGCAAUUAUUAAAUUCGCACAGUCGUUUAAUCCUGGCCAAUCAUGUGAUUAUUGUCAUACACAUAAAACUAGGCAAAUUUAUUAUCAACCAGAACCAAAUUUUUGGAUGGUGAUGAUCGUCGGUGUACCAUAUAUAUGGAAAGAGAAAGAUGGUAAUAAAUAUACAGAAUAUCAGUAUGAUGAGGUUUCUAGCAGUGUUUGUCAAUCCAUAUUAAAGCAGGCCUAUGUUAUGUUUAGACUGUUUAUGGGAUCAUUUGAUACCAUCAUUAAUGAACCCGAGUGUGGAUCCAUAACACUGUUAAAACAUAAACUUGAACAUUUCUACUCAAGGUAUUUAAUGUCAUUGAAAUUGAACAACAGUGAUAUUCUGGAUAUUUUCCAAGGAUUGCAAUUCUUACCUCUCGACAAAGUGACAUUUUUGCGAGUUCAAUGUUUCAUGAAUCUCAUAGAAGCCAUGUUCUCCCAAGUGAAAUACACUGCGUUCCUCUACAAUGAUCAAGUCGUAUGGAGUGGGCUAGAACCAGAAGACAUGCAAGUAGUUUACAAUUACUUAGUGAGUACACUUUUACCGGCUCAUCUCGAAAAAGAAUUACACGGCGGUUCGAUGCCCAGAAAUUCACCUUCACCGUUCACUACUACUCACUAUGGAAAAUUCGUUACUGGUCCGUCAAGCAUUAACGAAUCAAGUUUAAUUGGAAAGUCUCCUAAAGUAUUCAUAAACUAUUCCACUGAACCAGUUUCGUUAUACUUGGUAGUUUACAGAGCAUUGAGUGCCACGAUAUGCCUGUUUGUCGAUAGUAAAACAAGUUUGUUGAUUGAUUUUUUCAAAAGUCUCGAUAGUUUUCUCGGCCCGCAAUUAACUACGCUAGUUAGUUCAGUCGCGGAGCAGUGCGCUAAACACGUCACGGUUCCGUCGGAGUCCUGCAAAUACCUGUAUUUCAAUAAACUCAACUUGGCAUAUAAAAGUACGAUACAUCCGGAUAACAGGCAAUGCUCUAAUGUACUCACAACGCCUGAAGUCUUGCGAGUUAUCACUGACAUAUACAACGACACAAACAAACUGAAAGAAUCUGGAGAAGUUAUUAUAAAAACUAUGAGCGAUUACUGGGUCGUCGGAAAAUUGUCGAACUUGAGAGAGUUCUUCGUAGUUAUUCAGCAAAAGAGCGCGAGCAUAAUCGAAAUCGAAGAUGAAGUAAAAAGACUUUGCGAAAAGGAAUUAAAAAGUAUAUUUUUCCAUUAGCUAAAGCAUCAGGAAUUCAACGACUGUUUUGUACGAGGAUUACAUAGUUGUGUUUAUUCUUUCGAUCAAUGUGCAAGCGAUAUAAUCUGAAAGGUAAAACUAUAAAGUUUAUUUAUACAUAAAGUUUAAUGUAAAAUAUAAAAUCUGUACAUACAAAUGA